AUGCACACAGCACCGAGUUUUGCUCCGAAAUUGGAGGGACAGUGCCAAGAUGAAGAAUAUAGCGAGGAAGAUCUGCCCAGGAACAGGGAUUACUCGCCCGACGUCAAUUUAAUAACUGCAUCUUAUUCCACUUCGGCGCCCAACUUUUACUACGGGAUUUUAAUUCAGAUUUGCAAGAUGGCGAGGGAUCUCCAGGAUCCUCCCAUUCAAAACUUAGCUGCCGGAAGCAAUGUAAACGGGGGCAAUGCGCAAUUCCGUGUAGAUGUUCGAAUCGAGUGGAAGCCAUUGAUCAGAUUUGCACGAAGCGCAUGGGUUCUUGCAUGGCGGCCGGUGGACCUCUGGAAUAUUGCCAGAACGAACAUUACUACGCUCUUCUGGGAUGUGAAGAAAGGCUCCCGGGGCUCUACGAUCAAGUUUGUGAUCGGUGCAUGUUCUUUUGCAUGUCCGACGGUCACUCUUACGAGUCUUGCGAAACCAAGCAUUGCUCGCACAAAUUCUGCAAAGGACGCCUUUCCAUUCCCUGCGGCAGAUGCUCCAAUUCGACAACGAGGUCGGUUGAUCUCCGGCAAUGUGACGACUGCAUCAAAUCAUGUACCUCUCUCGGCCAAACUCGAGAUAAAUGUAAAAACAAACAUUGCCAACACGUAUGUUAAGCAAAGCCGACAGGUGUCAGCUGAAGUGGACAAAAGAACCUGGAACAAAUGUAUUGUGCUCUGUCAAACCGAUGGAAAUGAUGAGGUAUACUGCGAACAGGAGUGUUGUGAACAGGAAUGUACAAGUGCUAAGAAAGCCUCAAAUAAGUGUAGAGAGUGUUUACUCAGAUGCUACGGAGGGACAGUGGCCAGCGCAAGUUUAGAUACAUGCUACACACACGACUGCCAACAACAGUGUGAAGGUGACCGGAUCGAUACGUACUAUUGGUAUGUGUGUGAUUAUGUCUGUGACAGAUGCAUGAGACAAUGCAUGUUCGUGCCCAAUUGGACCGCAGAACGAUGUAAACAUGAAUACUGCAGGAUCCCGUGCACAUGCGCUAAUCGAGUGGAGUCCAUCGAUCAGAUUUGCACUAGACGCAUGGGUUCUUGCAUGGCGGCCGGCGAAUCUCUAGAACAUUGUCAAAACGAACAUUACCACGGUCUUCUAGGAUGUGAAGAGAGGCUCCCGGGACUCUACAACCAAGUUUGUGAACGGUGUAUGUUCUUCUGCAUGUCAGAAGGGCACUCUUACGAGUCUUGCGAAACCAAAUAUUGCACCGACAAACUCUGCAAGGGACGCCUUUCCAUCCCCUGCGGUAGAUGCUUCAACUCGCGCGAAAACGAGGUCAGUUCGCCGUGCUAAGGAAAAACGUCGUAUGAACAUUCGAGAUAUGCCAAAUUACUUUCUAUACAAUUUUUAUUUUUAAGGAAAGU